AUGGGUUCACUCGGAACUAGCAAAGACUUUGACGUCUUCAAUGGCUUCUACAACACCAUCAACGGCAAAUUGACCACCACCGAGACGACCAGACACGGCAUCAACCCCGCGACAGGGAAACCCAACCCAGAAGUUCCCGUUUCCACACAAAAAGAUGUCGACGACUCGGUGGCUGCUGCCAAAGAGGCCUUCAAGUCGUGGUCCAAGGUCCCCCUCGCAGAACGCAAGAAGGCCCUCCUCGCAUUCGCCGACGGUCUCGAGAAGCACGUCCAAGACUUUGCCAAACUCCUCACACAGGAGCAAGGGAAACCCAACCAAUUCGCUGUUGGAGAGGUUCAGACUGGUGUCCACUGGAUCCGUAAAUUGGCCGAGAUCGAGAUCAAGGAAGAGGUCGUGGACGAAGAUGACGAUAAGCAAGUCAUUGUCAGAUAUACUCCUCUCGGUGUUGCCGUGGGUAUCGUCCCAUGGAACUUCCCCGUCCAUCUCGCCUGCGGCAAGAUUGCCCCUGCCCUAAUUACCGGAAACACCAUCAUCAUCAAGCCAUCUCCAUUUACCCCAUACUGUGAUUUGAAGCUCGGAGAACUCGCACAACAAUACUUUCCUCCUGGCGUGGUUCAGGUAUUGAGCGGCGAUGACAACCUUGGCCCAUGGUUCACAGCCCACCCCGGUCCAGACAAGAUCUCUUUCACUGGUUCGACCUUUACCGGUAAAAAGGUCAUGGAGAGUGCUUCCAAGACUUUGAAGCGAGUCACCCUUGAAUUGGGCGGCAAGGAUCCCGCCAUCAUUUCCAAGACUGUCGACAUCGAGACUGUCGCCGCAAAGAUCGCCACCCUUGCUUUCCUCAACUCUGGCCAGAUCUGCUUGGCCAUCAAGCGUAUCUAUGUCCACGAAGAUAUCCAUGACAAAUUCCGAGAUGCCAUGGUCGCUUUCACCAAGACUCUCAAGGUUGGCGAGGGUAACGAGGAGGGCGUCUUCCUCGGACCCAUCCAGAACUCCAUGCAAUACGAGAAGGUCAAGACCUUUUUCUCAGACAUCGAGAAGGAGAAGUGGACCGUGGCCGUGGGCGGCAAGAACGAGACCAAGCCAGGCUACUUCAUCACUCCCACCAUCAUCGACAAGCCGGCUGACGACUCCCGAAUUGCCACCGAGGAGCCCUUCGGGCCUAUCGUGCCUCUGAUGACCUGGCGCGACGAGGACGAUGUUGUCGCUCGUGCGAACAAUACUCUGAUGGGUCUCGGAGCCUCAGUCUGGUCCAAUGACUUGGAAGAGGCCAACCGAAUCGCUCGCCAGCUCGAAGCCGGAAGCGUCUGGGUCAACACCCAUCUUGAACUUGAUCCUAACGCACCCUUCGGCGGCCAUAAGAAUAGUGGGCUCGGAUUUGAAUGGAGCGCCGCCGGCUUGAAGGCGUUCUGCAACGCUCAGACACUUUAUCUGAAGAAGAGAGCUUGA